AUGUCACAUUUCUUCUCUGUUACAUAUGAUGCCGAUUCUUCUGAUGAGGAGAACUUGGUGUCUUCAGAUGAAGAGCUAUUAUAUACGUCCGAAGAAGGGAGUUCAGGAGAGGAGCUUUUAGAGGAAGAGGAGGAGCAAGAGAAGAAGAAGCAAGAAAAAGAAGAAAAGGAACAAAUUCAAGCUGGAAAUGGAGAAGAGGGAGAAAAUAAUGAUGGCGAUGAUGAUGAUGAUGACAGUGAUGAUUCGUUUGGUAGAAAGAGAGGACGUAGCUAUUUCCUCAAGAAAGACUUUGCCAAAGGUUCGUCAAGAAGGAACGGUUCAGAUUCGGAUUCUGAAUCUGAGGGAGAGGAAAAGAGGGUGGUUAAGAGUGCCAAGGAUAAAUAUUUGGACGAGAUUGCCGAACUUGUCGACCAAAUCGAGAACUAUUCAAUGGUGGAAGAGUGGAUUAGUAUUGGUACUCAAUUUGAUUUGUUACUGAAGCUUGUUUCCAAAUAUCCUCAGCAUCAUAUUUCUGUGCCACGUCAAUUUGUUCGUUGUUUGGCGAUAUUGCAGGAUGUUUUGGAUCAAUAUAAGGCCAACCAGAAAGAAUCCAAGAAGAAGUUGAAUGCCACCGAGUCUAAAUCCUUGAAUGUCAUUCGUCAGAGAGUCAAGAAGUAUGUUAAGGAGUAUCCAGUGGAACUUUCCGUUUAUAAUAAGGAUCCUGAUAGCUUCCUUGCUGACGAUGGCGAGAUCUCUUUAUCUGUCACUCCCUCUGUUGAUAACUUUGGGGGUAAAUUUUCCGGUGCUUCAACCGCUGAUGGAACUCCUAUUCCUGCCGAAAAGGAUCUCUUCAAUGCUUUGAGAACCAUUAUUGAGUCUCGUGGUAAGCGUAAUGUUGACCAGAAGGAGCAGUUGAUCAUAUUAAGGAAGUAUUUCGGGGAAGCCGAGACGCCGUACGAACAGAUCUCUAUUAUCUUGCUGCAGAUUUCAGUGAGGUUCGAUUUAUACUCAAAGGCAAACUACAUGCCUUCGGAUCAAUGGAAAGUUACUUUGCAAGAUAUCGUUAAGCUUCUUGAUAUCUUGGAUUCCAACAGAAAGUACGUCAUUACUGAGACUGCUGCUGUUCCGGAUGAUAUUGCAAAUGAGCCUAAACCUAAUGAUAAGGGAGUCAUUGAAAUUGUCGGUUCUAUUGCUUCCUUUGUUGAGAGAUUGGCUGACGAGAUCUCCUCCCAUCUUCUAGUUCUAGACCCCCAUUCGACAGAGUACAUUGUGCGCUUGCGUGAUGAGUCUACUCUAUAUACUCUUCUCCUACGUUCUCAGCUCUACUAUGAACGUAUCAUUCCAGAAUCCGAGCUUACGGAAAUUCAAGGAGGACAGUUGUCGCGUGUGGUUCUGAAAAGAUUGGAAAGCAUUUACUACAAACCUACCAAGUUGAUCAUUUUUUCAGAGAUGAAGGCUUGGAGUGCCGUGGAUGUUGAGAGGAACUCUGAAAUCUACCCAAGGCUUUCGGCAGAUGCCGGUCCUCAGGGAUUGGACUAUACUAAUGGUCUUAUUGAUUCUCUCUGUUCUGUCCUUUAUCGCCAGUCGAACUCUAUCUUCCGUAAAAAGUCCGUUCUUUGUCACAUAUACAACUACGCACUUAACGAUCAGUAUUACAAGGCUCGUGAUAUGCUGUUGUUGUCGCAUUUGCAAUCCUCAAUUCACACUGCAGAUCCACAAUUGCAAAUUCAUUUCAACAGAGCAUUGGUUCAACUUGGUUUAUCUGCAUUCCGUCGUGGUUUAAUUCACGAAGCUCAGCAACUGUUGCAAGAAGUAGCUAUUUCACCCCGUCAAAAGGAACUUUUGGGCCAGGGUGUUCAAAGAUUCCAGAUGCAGCAGUCGCAGGUCGACAAGCAAAGAUUGCUUCCAUUCCAUAUGCAUAUCAAUUUGGAGUUGCUUGAAUGUUCUUUUUAUGUCGCUUCUCUUUUAAUUGAGGUGCCGUUGAUGGCACAGUAUGCUGACUAUGCCAAGCGUAGGCAGUCGUCUCCAAAGGCUUUCCGUCGUGUGCUUGAAUACCGUGAACGCCAGGUAUUUGAUGGUCCACCAGAGAAUGCCCGUGAUCAUAUUAUGUUGGCGGCUCGUGCUUUGGGUAACUGUGAUUGGAAAAAGACUGCACAGUUGUUGGAAAACAUCAAAAUUUGGGGACUUUUCAAAGAUGUUGAAGCAAUUAAGAAGAUGAUUACAGGUAAAUUACAAAUUGAAGCGCUGAGAACGUUUAUCUUCAAGAAUAGACCGUACUUCUCCAAGUGCUCAAUUUCAAACUUAUCCGAAGUGUUUGAGCUCGAAGAGAGUAAAGUGAGAUCUGUGUUGGCUAACUUGAUUCGUAACGAUGACAUUAACGCCUACAUUAAUCUCAAAACUAAUACCUUGGACUUUGUGCAGAAUGAGGAGAGUAAGCCUAACAAACUUCAGGAGUUGGUUCUCUCACUAGGUGAAAAGUGCAAUCAGAUUAUCGAGAGAAAUGAGAAGUUGAGUAUGGGAGGUUAUCAGAUUCAGCUGGACACCAAAAAGCUUGGACAGAAUAGAAGCUAUCAGAACAGAAAGUGA